UUUGUUCUAUAAAAGUUCAAAAGAAUUGAGUUUUCAAAUCAGUUACCUUCAAACUUUCCGAGAGACAUUUUGUGCUAAAAUAUGGAUAGUAAUGGAAUUAUUCCUGACGUUGUUGACGUUGUUCCCGAUAAAAUUGCAACUAUAAAAUAUCCUUCUGGAGCAAUAGUUGAACUUGGCAGUGAAUUGACACCAACUCAAGUUAAAGAUGUUCCAAAUGUCACCUGGGAAGCCGAAGCUGAUGGUAUUUAUGCUGUUUUGAUGAUCGAUUCAGAUGCACCAUCACGCGAAAACCCAAAGCUAAGGGAGGUUCUUCACUGGUCGAUUUGUAAUAUACCAGGUAAUGAUUUGUCUAAGGGGCAAACUCUCUUCGAAUACAUUGGGGCUGGACCAGCAAAAGAAACGGGCCUUCACAGAUACAUCUUUUGGGUAUUUAAACAAAAAGAUGUAUAUCCAACUGAUCAAUUUGUAUCUAAAACGACAAUUGAGGGACGAGCUAAUAUAAAAACCAGAGAUUAUGUAACAAAAUUCAAAUUGGGAAAUCCAGUUGCUGGAAACUAUUUCGUGGCGCAAUACGAUAACUAUGUUGAUACACUUCUUGAAUCAUUAAAACCACAAAAAUAGAAAUGCUACUUUUAUUUUAAUAAAAUAAUAAUAAUAAUCAU